AUGUUCACAUCAAUUGAUGCUCUCUUACAACAUGAUAAUAAUCAUAAUAUUGAUAAUGAUAAUGAUAAUAGUAAUUGUAAUGGGUAUAGUAAUAAUAGCUAUAAUGUUCAUAAUCAUAAUAAUAAUCAACAAAAUGCAAUAACUUUAUCAAAUUCUCAUAUUCUACCUGAUAAUAUUUCAUCAUCAUCAUCAUCAUCAUCUACCUAUUCUAUUAAUUCACAAUCAUUAUUUCCUAAAAAUUAUUUUCCUAAAAAUCAAUAUAAUAUUAAAACAUUAUCUGGAAUGGAAAAUAUGUGUUAUGCUCCAUCUUUAACAAUAACAACAACAACAACAACAUCAUCAACAAUAACUGUUACAACACCAAUUAUGAUGCUAUCAUCAUCAUCAUCAUAUAUGUCGACGACAGCAAUAGCAUCAUCAUCAUCAUCAUCACCAUCAUCAUCAUAUAUGUCGACGACAGCAAUAGCAUCAUCAUCAUCAUCAACAACAACAACAACAACAACAGCAACAACAACAGCAACAGCAAUAAGAGAAGGAACAACAACAACGACAACAAGGACAGAGACAGCACCAAUUCUAAUUGAACAACUACCGUAUCCAUCCAUGUUCCACACCACUAACAUUCCAUUACUCUACGAUCAUAUUGCUCUAACAAUAAAUGCAUGGCAAACAUUGGGAAAGAUACGACGUCCACGUACAGCAUUUACAACUGAGCAACUUAUUGAACUUGAAAGAAAUUUUGCGCAAACUCGUUAUUUAUCACGACCUAAAAGGUAUCAACUGGCUCAGAAAUUACAUUUAUCGGAAACACAAAUCAAAAUUUGGUUCCAAAAUCGACGUAUGAAAAAUAAACGUUCUGGUCCAGCUAUUUUAAAUUCAAACAAUGUUUAA